CAACAUGAAUCUUGAAGACCGGAAUGUGCUGCGUAUGAAAGAAAGGGAAAGGCGGAAUCAGGAAAUUCAGCAGGGUGAAGACGCCUUCCCACCUAGCUCUCCUCUCUUUGCUGAGCCAUACAAAGUUACUAGCAAAGAAGAUAAGUUAUCAAGUCGUAUUCAGAGUAUGCUUGGAAACUACGAAGAAAUGAAGGAUUUCAUAGGAGACAGAGCUAUACCAAAGCUUGUUGCAAUUCCCAAGCCUGCAAUACCAACAACAGAUGAUGAAAAAUCAAAGCCAAAUUUCUUUGAACAGAGACAUGGAAACUCUCAUCAGAGUAGCAAAUGGACCCCUGUAGGACCUGCACCGGGCCCUUCUCAGUCUCAGAAGCGGUCCUCAGGCUUACAGAGUGGACAUAGUAGCCAGAGGACCAGUGCAAGCAGUAGCAGCACUAACAGCACUGGCCAGAGGCAUGAUCGUGACUCAUAUGGCAGCAGCCGGAAAAAAGGCCAGCAUGGAUCAGAACACUCCAAAUCACGAUCUUCUAGCCCUGGAAAACCCCAGGCUGUUUCUUCAUUAAGCUCUAGUCAUUCCAGAUCUCAUGGGAGUGAUCACCAUGGCAAGGAACAUCAGCGAUCCAAAUCACCUCGAGACCCUGAUGCCAAUUGGGAUUCUCCUUCCCGUGUACCUUUUUCAAGUGGGCAACACUCAAAUCAGUCUUUCCCACCUUCGUUGAUAUCAAAAUCCAGUUCAAUGUUACAGAAGCCCACUGCCUAUGUGCGGCCCAUGGAUGGGCAGGAGUCCAUGGAACCAAAGCUGUCCUCUGAGCAUUAUAGCAGCCAGUCUCAUGGCAACAGUAUGACUGAGCUGAAGCCCAGCAGCAAAGCACAUCUCACCAAGUUGAAAAUACCUUCCCAGCCAUUGGAUGCAUCAGCUUCUGGUGAUGUGAGCUGUGUGGAUGAAAUUCUGAAAGAGAUGACGCACUCAUGGCCUCCCCCUCUAACGGCUAUUCAUACACCUUGCAAAACAGAACCUUCCAAAUUUCCUUUUCCAACUAAGGAGUCUCAGCAGUCCAGUUUUGGCCCGGGAGAACAAAAAAGAUAUAAUCCUGCUAAAACUUCAAAUGGCCACCAGUCUAAAUCUAUGUUAAAAGAUGACUUAAAACUAAGCAGCAGUGAAGACAGUGAUGGGGAACAGGAUUGUGAUAAAACAAUGCCAAGAAGUACACCAGGAAGCAACUCUGAACCUUCACAUCAUAAUAGCGAAGGAGCAGAUAAUUCCAGGGAUGAUUCUAGCAGCCACAGUGGAUCUGAAAGCAGCUCUGGAUCUGACUCAGAAAGUGAAAGUAGUUCCAGUGACAGUGAGGCAAAUGAGCCAUCCCAGAGUGCCUCUCCUGAGCCUGAACCACCACCAACAAACAAAUGGCAACUUGAUAAUUGGUUGAAUAAAGUAAACCCACAUAAAGUUUCACCAGCUUCUUCUGUAGAUAGUAACAUUCCAUCAUCUCAAGGCUACAAAAAAGAAGGCCGUGAGCAGGUUACUGGGAAUAGCUACUCUGACCCAACUGGGCCUAAAGAAUCGAGUUCUGCUACUCCUGGGCGAGACUCCAAAACCAUCCAAAAGGGAUCAGAAAGUGGGCGCGGGAGGCAGAAGUCUCCUGCACAGAGUGAUAGCACAACACAGAGGAGAACUGUAGGCAAAAAACAACCCAAAAAAGCUGAGAAGGCAGCUGCUGAAGAGCCUCGGGGUGGCCUGAAGAUAGAAAGUGAAACCCCCGUAGACAUGGCUACCAGUAUGCCCUCCAGCAGACACAAAGCAGCCACCAAAGGCUCAAGGAAACCCAAUAUAAAAAAGGAAUCCAAAUCUUCCCCUCGACCUACAGCAGAAAAAAAGAAAUACAAGUCAACAAGUAAAUCUUCCCAGAAAUCAAGGGAAAUCAUAGAAACAGAUACCUCGUCCUCAGAUUCAGAUGAAAGUGAAAGCCUUCCUCCGUCCUCACAAACUCCUAAGUACCCUGACAGCAACAGGACUCCCGUGAAACCCUCCUCCGUGGAGGAAGAAGAUAGUUUUUUCCGGCAACGAAUGUUCUCUCCUAUGGAAGAGAAGGAACUCCUUUCACCCCUCAGUGAGCCUGAUGACAGGUAUCCACUUAUUGUGAAGAUAGACUUGAAUCUCUUGACCAGAAUACCAGGAAAGCCUUACAAAGAAACAGAACCACCUAAGGGGGAAAAGAAAAAUGUGCCAGAAAAGCACACAAGAGAGGCUCAGAAGCAAACCUCAGAAAAAAUUUCCAAUAAAGGAAAGAGGAAGCAUAAGAAUGAAGAUGAUAAUCGAGCCAGUGAGAGCAAAAAACCCAAAACAGAGGACAAGAACUCAUCAGGCCACAAGCCUUCCAGCAACAGAGAGUCAUCUAAGCAGACUGCUGCAAAAGAAAAGGAAUUGUUACCUUCACCUGCUGGGCCUGUACCUUCAAAAGAUCCAAAAACAGAGCAUGGCUCUCGAAAGAGGACUAUCAGUCAGUCAUCUUCCUUAAAGUCAAGCAAUAACAACAACAAGGAGAAUAGUGGCAGCAACAAAAACAGUUCCUCCACAUCAAAGCAGAAAAAAACUGAAGGGAAAACUUCCAGUAGCUCCAAGGAGGUUAAGGAAAAGGCUCCAAAUAGCUCUUCUAAUUGUCCUCCAUCAACACCAAUUCCUGAUGCUUCUAAACCUCGGAGAACGAAGCUUGCCUUUGAUGACAGAAAUUACUCAGCAGACCAUUAUUUACAAGAAGCAAAAAAACUAAAGCACAAUGCAGAUGCAUUGUCUGAUAGGUUUGAGAAAGCAGUAUACUACCUUGAUGCUGUGGUGUCCUUUAUUGAAUGUGGGAAUGCAUUAGAGAAGAAUGCUCAGGAAUCCAAAUCCCCAUUCCCGAUGUAUUCAGACACAGUGGAGCUCAUCAAAUACACUAUGAAGCUAAAGAAUUACUUGGCACCAGAUGCUACAGCAGCAGAUAAAAGACUUACAGUGCUUUGCCUGAGAUGCCAGUCUUUGCUGUACCUGAGGCUAUUCAAACUGAAGAAGGAAAAUGCUCUGAAGUACUCAAAGACACUGACAGAGCACCUGAAAAAUUCUUACAAUAAUUCUCAAGCACCAUCCCCUGGCUUAGGAAGCAAAGCUGUUGGGAUGCCUUCCCCUGUGUCUCCAAAGCUGUCACCAGGCAAUUCAGGAAAUUAUUCUUCUGGGGGCAGUAGUUCAGCAAGUGGUUCUUCAGUGACCAUUCCACAGAAGAUCCACCAGAUGGCAGCCAGCUAUGUUCAGGUUACAUCCAACUUUCUCUAUGCCACCGAAAUUUGGGACCAAGCUGAGCAGCUUUCCAAAGAGCAAAAAGAAUUCUUUGCUGAACUGGAUAAAGUAAUGGGCCCUCUCAUCUUUAAUGCAAGCAUCAUGACAGAUCUAGCUCGUUACACCCGGCAGGGACUGCACUGGCUUCGCCAGGAUGCCAAGUUGGUAUCUUGAACUGAACACAUUCUCGUUGCCUCUGAUUUUCUCCACAACACUGUGUCACAUCACAAAGGAAAACUGCCAUAACAUGUCACCCAGUCAACACUAAGAGUGAGGAAUGAGUUUCUCCUCCUUGGUUCAUGUGUUGUUUAUAACCCAAAGCUAUUGUAUCAGUUGACCCCUUCAAUAUUCCCAAUGUGAAAAAUUAUUUAAACGCUAAAUGUUAAAUGUUAUUUAAAUGUUAAAUCUGCAGCACAUUGAUAAAAUGAUGUUGUAAUCUAUAAUAUGAUUGAAUUCCAGUUGCAGUUUGUAACUAACCAAGUAAAAUUCUAUUUAUUUUAAUUUUUUUAGGUUCCCAGAUUGGGGCUUGUUUAAAACUUAGUUAUUUCUGCUUAUAAAUUUACUCUGUUGAAUAUUUAGCAUAAACAUAAUGUAGGCAUUUUUAUUUAUAUAUUUUGGGAGCUUCAUUACCUAAUUUUUUUUGUGGUAGCUCUUCUGUGAGUAAAUAGGGAUAUGUUCUUUCUAUCUCUACUACCUGAUAUUAUUUCAAAUCUUAGCGACAGUUUUAUUAUUGUAAUAUUUAUACUUAGUACUAAGCAUUCUUCUACACAUAAGAAAUCAUUUAAAUAGGAGAAGAUGACAUUCGACAUGGAUGUAAAAAAAAUGAAAUGUGUCUGAUUCGGUAUGCAUUAUUUCAAAACUGUGAAUGUGUGUUAACACUAUAACAAUCACAAGGUGACUAUAACUUGCAUUUAAUGCAUUACAAAAGAGACCAGGCAGACAUUCUAGGAGAAGCAUAUCAUUUUGAAGGGUUUCAUAAAAAGGACAAUCUUAAUAUUUCAUGGAAUUUAUUAAAACUGGUCUUCUUGAUGCUAAUCAUUUGACACUUAAUUGAAGUGCAGAGUAAGUUACUCUUGAAAAAGGAUGAUUUAUCUCCUAAGGGUUCCUGCCUACAUCUCUUCAGUUAAUAAUGUUCAAAUGUUAAAAUCUCUUUGGAGAAUUUUCCCCCCAUACUUGCUUGUGAUGCUCUGAUAUGAGCAUGCAGUGGCUGAUAUUGUUGGUGUGUGUGGUUUUGCUAUACAACUUACAGUGCUAAUGCCUGAUGUAGAGAUGAUGAAUUUCUCCAUUUUAAAGACCCCCAUUAAUGGUGUAUGUUUCUAUAGGAUUGGAAUAUUCACACAGAAAAGUACUAACUUGGUUCAGUGUGAGCUCCUGGAAAGGGGAGGAGAGCAGUGAUAGAGCUUAAGAAGCCAGCUCCAUAAGAAUUGUAUAUCAGAGCACCCUUCCCUACAAGAUGCAUAAAGGAGUCAAGGGGGAGAAAUGCACCCUCAGUACUUUGUUUUGAGUGCCCCUAUCAUGUCUGGUGUGCCUUAAAUCUUACCUUUAAAUGAAGACUCUGUGGAUUGUUUACAGAUAAAAUUUAACACUAGGACCAGAUUGUCCUUUACAUUAAUAAUAAAUUUUCUUUCAUUUUAAAUCUCCCUUUAGGGUCACAUAAGGAUUAAUCAUUUUUUAAAAGUUAAUGCUUUUAAAAAGUUAGACAUGACUUAGUCUAAUUGGGUAAUGCUGCUUCAAAAGAAAUAGCUUGUCUUCUUAUUCCAAAACUGAAUCUAUCCAGUUAGGAAAAACGAUUGCCCUACUCUAUUUGUAGAUGAUUGCUGAGGCUUAAAACCAGAAAGGGGAAAGAAGGAACAGAUCUCCAGGUCCAGUGGUGCAGUGAAUCCUCUGCUUGAGUCUGUUACACUUAACUUGUGAAGCCGGUGAACUCUCACUGUCCUGCGGCUUCAUGUCUGUAGAGUUCUAAUGGUUUUGUGCCUCAAGUUUUUGUUACAUACCAUUGAAGACUGAGGUCUUCAAAUUAUGUAGAAUUUAACCUUUUUCUCUUGGAGAAAUUGACUCUGAUAGCUUUUAAUUUAAUCUUAGUGUGUUCUAGGAACAGUUUUCUUUAAGAGGACAAUUCCUCAGCAGUUAUGAUAGUUCUUUAGUAGAAAUAAUGGUUAAUCAAGUAUAUAUAUGUCCUGUCCUUCUCUGACUUCUGUGACUCUGAUUCCUUAAUUUGCAGCUAACAGCAGCCAUCAGGGUACCUCUGAGUUCCAGUGCAUUUUGUCUCUGUGUCUUGAAAGGGAGCAGGAACAUUUCUGGGGUUACACUGAUGUUUUCUUAAAGCAGAGUUUCCUAUGUGUUUAUGGUGCUGCUGUAAGAUAUUGCCUCUUAAAAACCGUGUUAAUUUUUGUAGAAUGAAUUUUUGAAGCUUUUCUUUGUGGAGAGUUUUUCCUACAAGGUAGUAAUGGGGAAUGGAUCAAAAUCCAGUCCUGAAUAAUUGAAUUUUCAGAUAUACCAUGGUCUGUAGAACUACCACUCCCCUCUCUGUCUUAUCAGAUGCUCUCUGUGUCAUCUUGUCCGCACACACUUUGAACUCCUGUACAGGUGACCAUCCCUCCCUCAGUCGGUGUCUUCAGUGUUUUGUAACAUUGCAAACUGAAUUUGACAGGUGGCUAAAACUUAGUCUGAAACUUGUACUUAAUGUACAGUUUAUGGAAAUAGCAACUGUUGAAAAAAAUUACUCAAUUGACUGCUCUUUAAGACCAUCCUUGUAUUCCAGGAGGCAGCAGGCUUCCCCACUGGACUCUUUCCAGGCAACCAGCAUACCAGUUGCGUCAGAUGAAGCUGUCAGAGUAGUCUUGCCCAGGCUUGGCUGGGCCACGGUGAGCACUGCCUGCCAGUGAUUCAGGUUUCUAUGGCCUGACCCAGGCUCCCGUCUGGCUGGAGAGCAUCCAGCCCUUUCCCUGCCUCAGUGCCACCUUUUUCUGGGCAAGGAACCAAGAAGUAAACUUUAUAAGCAGUGAACACUUAAGAUAAAUUUACAGCUAUAGCUGCUGAAGAAUGGAGAAAACUGAGCACCACUUCUUAAUUAAGAAUUGGAGAAUUCUUAAUUGUCCAGUAUAAAAGCAGUUUAGAUUAAGGUGUGCACGUGCCUACACAUGCCUGUGUUUCUAGGGAGCUCUUGCACUGGGUUUACAUAGGCAUCUGGGCUGCACUUUGAAUGAUACACUUGUGCUUUAGUAGGUUCACUGUUUUUAACUUGUUUGUUUCUUUUCACGAAAGGUUUUAAUCAACUAGGACAGGAAGCAUCAUUUCGUAUUUAACAGCAGAACCUUUGGAACAUUAACUUUUAAUGAAUGCGCUUGCAUUGUGAAGCAGGAGCCUACAAAGGCACCUAUUUUAAAUGAAAGUUCUGGCUUUGGAAGCCAGUACUUGGUGGAGUUUCAGAGCAGUCAGUGAUGGUUUCAGUCAGUGAUGCAUAGCUGUGUAGAGGAAGGGUACUCUGUGCACUCUUCCAGGUAUGAGAGUAUGCAACUUUGGAUCUUAAAAUUCUGUACACAUACACACUUUAUAUAUAUGUAUGUAUGUAUGAAAACAUGAAAUUAGUUUGUCAAAAAUGUGUGUUUAGUAUUUUAGCUUAGUGCAACUAUUUCCACAUUAUUUAUUAAAUUGAUCUAAGACACUUUCUUGUUGAUACCUUGAAUAAUAAUGUUCAAGGGUGCAAUGUGUAUUCCUUUAGAUUGUUAAAGCUUAAUUACUAUGAUUUGUAGUAAAUUAACUUUUAAAAUAUAUUUGAGCCCUUCUGUAGUGUAAUAGGGCUCUUACAGGGUGGGAAAGAUUUUAAUUUUGUGGUAGCUAAUUGAACAAAAUGACUUCAUUUUGCAUUUUGAUUUAUAGGAGUUUGCAUCUGGGUCCCAGGAACAUCUACUGGGGAUGACUGCUUCAGGCAGAUUGUGUUGAUGCUUUAAAAAAGAAAACAACAAUAAAACCUAAGUAACUUAGGGAGCCAGAACAUUUCAAAUCCACAUAGGCUCCUGUGACUCAUUCCCUAGAUUAAUAUGGAACACAGAUUUCAUUUAACUUCAUGUAUCAGUGUGUUGGAGAGGCAGGCUUUUUUCCGGUAACAAUAUUGCACACCAAAGGUUGCUAUUCAGUAAAAUCAGUAGAAGAAAUAAUCAUUGAGUGGCUUGGAAUAUGCAGGGACAAGAGACUAAAUGAGUCAUGUUUGUGAACGUACAUACCACCUUUCACCCACUCGCUAGUGGAGAAAUGCAAUUCAGAUUUCUGGACUCCAGAACCAAGCGAGCAAAUGACAGGAAAUAAAUUGUAAAAUUUGGUAAAGGGAUGUUGGACCCUGUGGUUAAUUAAAAAGAACUUAAUUACCUUCAGAAAAGGGAAUGGAAAGAAUACCUAAAUCCCUGUUUAAAUGGAAUUUAGUUAUAGACUAUGGGGUUCAAGUUAACUUUUCACCACGUCAUAGAUAUUUAAAGUAUCCUAAAAUAGCCUAAGCAGUCAUCACAGCAAGAAGUUGAUUUUCGGAAAUGUUAGCAUGGACCUCUCCUUGCCACCAUUGUUCAGCCAAGCAUAAAUUAUCAUUAUUAAAGACAAAAACAAGUUCUUUAAAUGAGUGUGGGAAAGCUCCCACCAAGAAAUUCUGAUAAUACUUGGUUUUGACCUCCUGUGACUUCUGUGUGGGGUUCCUUUGCAGCUUUUAACCAUUGGAAUUUUCUACCUGUUAGGUUCCUCUCUCAAAAGCACCUAUUUGGAAGCAUUGCCUUUCAAAUUGAGGCCAUGAUUAUCCCUGUUGUGGAGUCAGUUGUUGCUGUUCAAGGAGUGUUGCCAUUUCACAGCUGUACAAACCCCCUGGCGUGUCAUUAAUGUGAGUCAGCACUCGGCAGCACUGGGGUGGGAGUGGGGCUCACCAACAGAGCUGGCCCAGCCUCCGAGCCGGAAAAUGCAGGCGCCACCGUGGGGGCCAGGUGUGGAGUUGGUAAGCACAGUUAGGAAAGUACUGUAUCUAGCCUCCGUUCUGGAUGAUUUUAAGAAAUUUUGUAUAUGGAGGAUGGAAAUGCUUAUAUAUUUAUUGAAAAUCCUUUUAUGUUAUUUGAAAAUUAUUUGGUAAAUAAUUGCUAUUUGGGGAGGGUUUUGGAGGGGAGGUAACGCUGUUGAUAAAUUAUAAGCCUGUCAAUUGUGCAGAAAGGUACUGUUAGUGACUAAUAGGAUGCCUUUGUUUUGUACAUGACCCUAAUCUUUGUUUGAUAUUUCUUUUAUCCAAAAUAUUUAGGCAUCUGACAUUUUCAACCAAAAUUGCAAUUAUAUACUGUGAUUUUUAUUUGUUGCAAUACAUUAAAAUUUCAGAGGUACUUUGGGGUUCAAAAGCUAGGAUUUCUAAGUCAGUACAGUAUGUGCAUUUCACAAAAUAAAGCUGUUAAUGGUGAGCAAAGUAUUAUAUACUAACUAGAUUUUUCCACAUCUGUAUAGUAUAUUAUAUGUAUUUUGUGGUAUUGAGAUUAUAGAAAGUUUAGAGUGUCAAACGUGUUUAAUGUGUAUUUUUAAACAAAUUUAUGGCAAUUAAAAUAUUUGGAGACAAGGGUAUCACAUUUCAAUUUGUAAAAAUCUUUUUAACUCUACUGUGUCAUUAAGAUGCUUUGUAUAAUGCCAAACCAUAGCUGGAAAAACUAAGUUUAAUAAAUAUCAAAUAGAUUUUCUGUA